UCUUUUUUCGGCAAGUGUUGUAUAACCGUUACAGUGAUGUUGUUCCAGAAUGCAAGUUACGUUUUGAAUAAUUGUCUUGCAAUGUUUCAUAGCGAAGCUGUUCAUUAACGCAUGAUGCAAGAUGGGUGUGUAUCUGGGAUUUAUUUUGUGCAGAAAUAAGUCUCUGGUGGUAUGUAUAUUCAUAAUGUUGGUGCUUGGAUGCUUAAUUGCUUUGAUACCAAUCACGCCGAUGUUUGAUGACUGUCUGGAUAAAAAAUUAAGUGGUUUAAAUGAACGUAAAAUCAAAGAAAAGGCGUACCAAAAAGAGUACGACGAAGGUAAACAUAAACUAGCUGUACUCGUUCCUUUUAGGGACCGGUUUGACGAACUUUUGGAAUUUGUCCCCCAUAUGCACAAGUUUUUGAAAAAGCAGAAUGUAAAUCAUCAUAUAUUUGUUUUAAAUCAGAUCGACAGUUACCGAUUCAACCGUGCAGCGUUAAUCAACGUUGGAUUCCGAGAAGUGUGCCCGCAGUGUGACUACAUCGCAAUGCAUGAUGUUGAUCUUCUCCCCCUUAAUCCACAACUAUCAUACGGCUAUCCAGAGAAAGGCCCAUUUCAUGUUGCGUCGCCACAGCUGCAUCCUCGCUGUAACUACUCAACAUUUGCUGGAGGAAUACUGCUAAUUAAGAGAGAAGAUUUCCAAAAAGUUAAUGGAAUGAGCAAUAAAUAUUGGGGCUGGGGUUUAGAGGAUGAUGAAUUCUAUAUUCGCCUAAAAGAAGCAAAGCUGCAAAUAUCUCGUCCACUAAAUGUAACUACGGAAAAAACCAAUACAUUUAGGCACAUGCAGCAUGAUAGUGUAAGACGGAAACGUGAUAAGACCAGAUGCUUCAACCAAAUACAGUUGACAGAUGAUCGUGUUUUGGAGACUGGUUUGAACACAGUGUCUUAUAAUCUUACAGAAAUUAGAGAGAUGAGCAUUGAUGGUGAUCGAGCUACAGUUCUAAACGUGAAGCUCCACUGUGAUAAGCUACUGACUCCGUGGUGUGAAUGUAACUCUAGCAAUCAGUCAGCACAUUAAAUCUGGGUAGGUA